CUCACUUUCAGGGAUAAACAAACACCAGAUCGGAAUAAAGAAAGAGAAAUACUGAAGAAUGGCGAUAAACUCACUAUUCCUGCUUCUUCUGCUAAUGACGAAUCUCGCAGAGGCUCGUCCGUUGAGCGCAGCACCUUCCUUGGCCCCACAGGGUGAGGUAUUUGUCCCUACCUCUAGUCGUGACUGGCCUAAUGAGGACACUCCCGUCAACUGGCCAUUGGUGGGUGGCAUCCUAGCUGGUGGGUUCCUACUUUUCGCUUUAUUAGUAGUGGGGCUAUGUUACUGUACGGCUGAGACUCCAGUAGUUGCAAGCGGAGGUGGACCCGGACCUACCUCAGCUACUGCAGAGAGAGGAGGUGAACUCGUCGUUCUAGACCAGGCCGACCAGCCUCAGAGACUUGUUUGGAGAGCUUUCAGGUAGUUUGCACUAUGACGGUUUGAUUAGAUUAAAUCCUUAGCUACGUGUAGUUUAAAAUUCCAUAGACUUUGAUGUAAAAGAAACGCUGGUUUAAACCGAGACCUCAACAAAAUACUACACCAUAUUAAUUUAUCAAGGUUUCAUCAGUGUAUCUUUGUGUGUUUAACUGUGUUUCAUUUCCUUAUAAAUAUUGUUAUGUGACUUAUAUGA